UAAUUGGCUACAAAAUACAGAAGUGAUCGAAUCAGCCAAUAGCAGCGCCUGAUAUUGGAAGGUGUCACAACGGCUGCUCGACCAAUUGCAUUUGUUAAAAAAAGACUUGCACCAAAUUUGUAUUUUUGUGCGAACUGGCCAGUAGGUUCAGCAACUCUCCGCAAAGAUGAUGGAUGCUCUGUCAGUGGUCACCCAGCUCCGUGACCUCGCCUCAGAGCCGCAGAACCGCGAGGUGAUUGUCCGGGAUCAGGGUUGUCUCCCGGGGCUGGUGCUAUUCUUGGACCAUCAGAGUCCCGAGGUGCUGCUUGCGACUCUGCAGACUCUGCGAUACUUGGCCGAAAUGUCUCCCAACAUUCCCACUAUGAAGAAUGAACUGGGCAUGAUGGUCAGCUUAGAAAAUCUCAUGGGAAGGAAGGGCUUGUCUGUGGACAUCACAUCCCUGGCUAAAGAAGUCUAUGAGAUUCUCAUUACACCUGUCAGGCCAGCCACACCUGAAAGGCCAAGAGGAAAGAAACCUCAGUUUUUUAUCAAUUCUUCAAAUAAAAAGGCAAAGUCUGUGACCCUACAUAUCCAGGGCCUGGACAGUUCUGAACAGCGCAGUCUUUGUGAAGAGGCUCUUCUAAAGGUCAAAGGAGUCAUCAGCUUCACUUUCCAGAUGGCUUCAAAGAGAUGCACUGUUCGCAUUCGCACUGAUCUUCCCACUGAGAGUCUGGCAGCAGCAAUUGCUGCUACAAAGAUACUGUCGGCUCAGCAGGUGGUGAAGAAUGAAGAAGGGAAGGAGGUUUUGGUCCCCCUCAAAGUGAGUGGAGCAGAGGUGAAACAAAACACUGCUCUGCCAGACUACCUCCCGGAGGACGAGGACAGCCCUGAGAAGGACCUGAGCCGUGCAGUUUCUCGCACCACCGCCAAAGAAGACUCGAGUGGGAGCUGGCUCAAUACUGCUGCCAGUUUCCUAACCAAAACCUUCUACUGGUGAAGUUAUUACUCAACAUAAAAAUAUGGAAUGGACAAUUCUGACUUUUAAAUAACCACUGGAACAAGGUGUUAUUUGUCCUAUUUGCAUUGAAUAUAAUUCAUUGUUGUAAAUAUUUCCUAUAAUUUUCUCUACAGCCAUUUUUUUUAACAAUUCCCACUAAGAUGUGCUGGUAUUGUGACUGUAUAAAACAAAAACUCUCUGUUGUUCUUUGCUCAGAAUGAAUACAAUAAGGUAAAUUA